GGAAAUCUUCCCUAUAUAGCACCUGAGGUUAUUUCUGGAAAACAAACUACAAAAGCAUCUGAUAUUUAUAGUGUUGCAAUGCUUAUGUGGGAGAUUUCAUCUGGACAACCACCAUUUAUUAAUUAUGAACAUGAUUAUGAUCUUGCAAUAAAUAUAAUUAAUGGAAUAAGGCCAAGAAUAAUAUCAGGAACUCCUUUAGAAUAUAAAAAUUUAAUUGUACAAUGUUGGGAUGCCGAUCCAUCAAAAAGACCUAAUAUCAGUAAACUUCUAAGAAAAAUAAGAGAAAUUGAUUUAUCAUAUCAAAACAUGCCAAAUGAAUCAUUUCAAACCAAUAUAACUAAUAAUUUAGAAUCAGAUUAUACAAAUACACAUAACAAAUUAUUUGCAAGUAAAAUUCACCAAUUUGAAAAUUUUCCUGAACCAAGAAAUGCGACUGAAGAAGAACAAGAAGAAUUUCACAGUAAACCACAUGAUUUUCAUAUUCCUGAUAAUAUUGAUGAUUUUGGUAAAUCAAAUACUAAUCGGAAAAGCAGUAGUACAUCAACAAUAAGUGAUAAUUUCGAAGACGAUAACAUAUACUUACUAACAAAAUUUAAUGAAUUACAAAUAAAUUCAGCAAAUGAUACUCACAAUAAUUUUAUUAAAGACGAAACAAUACAAC